GGUCGUUGCACAUGACUUCACUCCAAUCACCUUCGCCUUCCGAGACGCGGCAAAGUACUGACAACCUACUCGAUCAACAAGGAUGCCAUCUCGAGGAUGGAAACACAGUAUGCUGGAACGACGAUAGCAAGGACCACCCUAGGAAUUGGGGCCGCGUCGCAAAAUGCUAUACAACUGUGAUGAUCUGUUGGGUCGAACUGUUCAUGACUGCGUCGAACACUGCUCGAAUGGAAUAUCACAUGAGUAGAACACUUGGAGUCUUCGCCUUCGUUACCAUGUAUCUGCUUGGUCAAACUCUUGGAGGUAUAGUCUGCUCUCCAAUUUCCGAAACCUUCGGCCGCCGCACACUAUACAUUGUGUCUUCUGCCGUGUUCUGUAUCGCAUCAAUAGUCACAGCGGCUCCACCCUCGUCCAUCGCAGUAUACUUUGGUCGCUUCUUCCAAGGUAUCGCAGCUGCUGUCCCUGCCUGCGUCGCAUAUGGAAGCCUUGAAGACAUGUGGGCCGCUCAGAUAAGAAUUUGGGUCGUCUACUGGUAUACUGUCUCUGGCUUCAUCGGGCUCGUUUUGGGUCCAAUCUUCUCGUCAUAUGUUACCCAUUACUAUGGUUGGCGAGCAGUAUUCUACAUCUCCGCCGUGGCAGCCGGAAUCUCUACCAUCCUGUCCUUCUUCAUGAAGGAAACCAAAGCUACUCAGCUCUUGCAGAAGAAGGUGGAUGUCAUACAUUCCAAGACAGGCCGCGACGACUUGAACGGUCCCUCUUCCGGAGGUUUCUCGCUCAAGUCUUUUGUCCAGGACUCACUCUUCCGUCCUCUCCAGUUCCUCGUCACCGAGCCUAUUGUCUUCUUCUGUUCCGCGCUCUGUGCCAUUGCUUUCGGACUGAUCUAUGGCUUGACAGAAGGCUUGACGGUGGCAUACACCAACCCACCAUUCGACGAAACCUUCUCGAUGACCUCCUCAUCACUUGCCUUCAUCGCCAUCCUCAUCGGAAUUCUUUUAGACGUCCUACCACGCUUCUACGACGACUAUCUCUUCAAAAGGUUCCGCAAGGAGAAACGCCGCCUAUUGCCAGAAACAAAAAUCAGAUCUUUUGCCCUCGCAUGUCCUGCCCUUGCCAUCGGCCUCUGGAUCUUUGCCUGGACAAUCCCUCCCAGAGUCACCAAUGUGCAUUGGGUGGUUUCCAUGAUCGGUCUUGUGUUUGUCGGCUUUGCCACUGCUGAUCUCAGUUAUGUGCUUUUUGGCUACUGUACUGAUGCUUAUGGGCCUAUGGCUGCGUCUGCGGUUUCGUCGCUCAGUACUUGCCGCACCAUUGCUGCUGCGGUGUUUCCUCUGUUUGCGUAUCAGAUGUUCUCGGGCUUGGGGGCGAAUGUUGCCGCGAGUAUAUUGGCUGCCGUGGCGACGUUGUUUGCGUUUACGCCUAUUCUGUUCCUCAAGUAUGGACGUACGUUGAGGAAGAAGAGUAAAGUUGCUGCUGCGGAUGAGGAUUGUUUGGCGGAGGAGAACAAACAUAUGGAUGAUGACUCGGGUGAAAGAGAGAACGAGAAGAAGACAGAGAACGUC